GAGAGAGAGAGGAGGUGUGUGGAGUCUCGAGUUCUGUCCCACAUGUGGACUAAAAGCAAAGCAGUGCGCACACACAGUGGCCUGGUCCAAUCUGCUGUCGGGAUUAACCAAGCGCUGGUUUCAGAUGGGAUGGAGGACAUGCAGGCAUGAAGAGGGCUGUCGCGUCAUCCGUGCGAGCACAUGACAGCGAUGGACUCCAAGCCAACAGACACUAACCGUGGUCGGCAUCCCCACAACCACAUUCCUCUUCACUAAGACCAGCUCCACAGAAUGCUGAGUCCCAUUGCCCCCUGUAGCUUAUUAAAGAUGCACUGGAACCCAGAGCAUGCCCAGUCCCUCAGCCAGUGGCCUGAGCAACACCUGGACGUCUCCUCCACCACCUCCUCUCCGGCACACAAGUCGGAAUUCUACUCUGGCCGUAGUCGGAGCUCCUACAAUUACUCUUGGGCCAACGACGACAUCUCCGCCCUCACGGCUUCCAAUUUGUUGAAGCGCUACGCCGAGAAGUAUUCCGGCGGAAUGGAUUCAGCGUACGAGCAGCCACCUGCUGUGGGCACCUACCCAGAGCCAGGUACCUUUGGGGGCCUCAGCGGCCAGAAGACUGAACUGGAGCCCUGGCAAUUGACGCACAGCUCCGAUGGCUCCUACUCCCUUGUUGCCCCUGGAGGCGAUGACAACCUCUCCACUUCUAAGGCUGCGGUCACAAGCGCAGGCCCUGCUGGAAUUAGCAGUGUGUCGGUGGUGAGCAGCAACCUCUCAGACUCCGGUUACAGUGGCGGCAGCUCCUGCAGUGGCUCCAACGACUACCCCUCCAGCUACAGCGGCACCUAUCUCUCAGCUGGAUACUGUCCCCAACCCGGUGCAGCAUUUCCUCCUGCCUCCCUUCAUAAACUUCAAUCCACCCCGAGUUAUAGCUCGCCUGUCUACAGCUACCCCCACAGCACAUACCCUCCCCAGAACAGCCUUGCCACCAGCUAUAACCAUGCCUCUGCAACAUACUUGCCUUCAGGUCUGCCAGCACCGACUCCUGUUGCCCCCAGGCCUGCGGUGGUUGGGGGCAGCUACAGUUACCAAACCACCCACAUUGGCACAUCGGAGUCUGGUGGGCCAUUGAAAAGAAAAGCAUUUCAGAGGGCUGUAGAAGGGAAUGAAGUUGGGGACAGCACUUGUUACAAGAAAUACAGCUAUGACACACUGAAAGGUGGAGGAACCUCACCAUACAGUGUGAGUGACAAAGCAGAGUGUCACAGAAACAGCUUCGGCAAUUCAGCAAGCAGCACAGACCCACAAGAGUUUAAGCCCAGCAAGCCCUCCUCGCAGCCACUGGUAACUUCUCAGUAUGGGCAAGCCGGGGAGUACAGUCCUCCUGCUGGAAUGACAGGAGAUAACGCCAUGGAGGAGCAAGCUUUGACACAGCAGCAGCAGCAGCAGCAGCAACAGCGCUCUAAAGUCCACAAACGCUCUUCAUUGUGCGGUCCAACUGUUGACACUCUGAAGAGUCCGGACCCACAUGUGUUGGACCUUAUCGACGAGAAGAUUUUGGACUGCAGCCCAGCCCUAAGCUGGAGCGAGAUAGCUGGCCUCAACCACGUCAAGGCUGCUUUGGAAGAGGACCUGCUGUGGCCUGUGAUGAGGCCCAGUGAAGUGAUGCAGCCACCAAGAAGCAUCCUGCUGUUUGGUCCCCGCAGCGGGGGUAAAACAACCUUGACUCAUUCUCUGGCUUCACAAAUUGGAGCUUCCCUGUACCGACUGAGCGGCACCUUGUUGGCCUUAAAAGGGAAGGCUGAGGCGGAACACAUUUUGGGGUCUGUGUUGCAGGUGGCAGGUGCAAGGCAGCCAUCAGUAGUGUUGCUCAGCCAAGUGGAAACCAUGGAGGAGGAGGGCCUGAAACAGAUACUGCAACCCUUCUUGGAGAAGGCCCAGAUGACUACGGGUUUGGUGAUUGUCGUGUGUACCACCGGCAGACCGGAUCUACUGAAAGAUGCGCUCCAUCGUAGCUUUGCUAAACGCUACCAUGUGGGUCUGCCAGAUGCGUGUAUGCGCAGGGAGGUGCUGUUGCAAGCUCUUUCCCCUCAGGGUUACAGUCUGAGCGAGCGAGAGCUGAGCGCGGUGUUGCAGCGUACUGAAGGCUACUCUGUGUGGGAACUGCUGCAGCUCACUCAGCACGCUCUCUCCUCAGCAUCAGCCCCCACUGGAACAAUGCAUGGCAAAGCCCCAGCCUUCACAGACAUUGAGAAUGCCUUCUGCAAGGUGCGCCCACACAGCACCACAAAAGAGCCAGGCACUUGUAUAGAGUGGAACAAGAUGUAUAGCCACUGAGGAGUGAGUCAGACACUGUACUACAACCCACUGUUUGAAUGUUUGGUUCUUUUUUUUUUUCUGAUUGCAAAACGUGCAGCCAAAAGAGCCAGCCAAGCCCCGACGUAUGAGAACACAACAUUCACUUUACAGGCUUUGGUCAGCUAUGAAGAUCCACAUUGUUCCUUUUUUCCCCCAAAGAAAAGAAAUGUGAACUGACUUUGAUGAGUGGUGUAGCCCCUAAUGGGAAAAUCAUACAGCUAUGUGGAUAGUUAGUCUCAGAGAUCCUGUUUAGCCUGAGUCCAGGACAAAAUCGAUGAUUUGUUGCUAGGUGACAUGGUCCAAGCUAAUGGAUAAUCAGGGUUUGGAAAAUGCUCCCGUUGUUCUGCUUCUCUCCGGAUCCUAUUUAUUGGCAGUCCACUGACAUUGCACACCAUCAAGCAAGUGUUCUUUGCUUUGGGAUCAACAACAUUCUUUGACCAAAAACACGACAAGCCAAAUGUUCUAUUGUU